CACACGCGCGCGCCCAUCAGCACACACAGUUCAGUCCACUUCUGAAUAGCAGGCAGCAGUCGUCGAUGGCACACUGGACUGCAGCGGUGGUCCCGUUUCCACUCCACGUCGCUGCUGCCUGCUGCGAUGACAGGUGCUGCAGCAGCUUCAUACUGGAGCACUUUGAGGACCCGCCAGCAAUCGAUGUCCACAGCGUCGUCACCCGGCACCGCUCCCAAGGCCGAUGCUGCGAAAAAUCCACCAAUUCAUACAGAUCAACCCAUCGCAGGGCAAAACGCAGCAACGCCCGACGCUGCUGCCGCAGACGCUCAGCUGCAGCGAGUUUGGACGGUGCCGAAUGCACUCUCGUUUGCUCGCUUGGUCUCGUCGCCAGUGAUUCUCGUUUGCUUUGCAGGCAGUCAGUACCAUGCUGCCGCGGGCUUGUUUGUGUUUGGAGCUGUUUCCGAUUUGCUCGACGGAAUGAUUGCCCGAGCCUUUCCUAGUCAGCGGUCGAUGCUCGGAACCGCGCUCGAUCCGCUGGCAGACAAGUUUUUCAUGAUUUGCAGUGCAGCUGCGCUUGCCUGGGUGGGGUCGAUGCCAUUGCCGCUCGCAACGCUGGUCAUUGCUCGUGAUGUCAGUCUGAUCACUGGGGCCAGCUACUACCGUUGGAAGACAACGGAACGACCUCGGACUUGGACGAAACUUUUGGAUAUUACUCAAGUGGCCACGGAGUUUAUUCCGACUCGAAUUAGCAAACUUAACACGGCAGUGCAGUUCAUCACCAUCUUUUGCGCUGUUUUGACCUUUACACCAUACUCGAUCGUGAGCGCAACGACGUUGGACUGGAUGUGGUGGACAAUGGCCUUCACCACGUUUGCAUCAGGACUCAGCUAUGUUGGGAACAACAAUGCCGUCAAGCUGCUCAAAAUUCCCCGUCGGUCGUAGCAUUACAUUUGAUUGGGUGUGUGCUCAAAGAUGAGGAAUCAAAAAUGUACAUUUUUCAACGUAAAAAAAUAAACGACAACAAAAAAGCAAAA